GCGGCCAUGGUGCGGCAGCUGCGCUACCCGGAGCGGAAGCUGCUGCGGCGGCUGUCGCUGGUGAGCUGGGAGGCGGCGGGCGGCCUGGCCGAGGUGCGGGCGCUGCGGCGCUACCGCCUGGGCCGCCGGGAGGACUGGGCCCGCUACAAGGCGCUGGCCCGAGCCGUGCGGGGCCUGGCCCGCCGCCUCCGCGACCUGGGGCCGGCCAGCGCCGCCUUCCGAGCCCGCUGCGCCGCCGCGCUGCUGGGCAAGCUGUACGGCCUGGGGGUGCUGGGCUCCCAGCGCUCGCUGGCCCUCUGCGAGAAGGUGUCGGCCGCCUCGUUCUGCCGCCGCCGCCUGCCCUGCGUGCUGCUGAAGCUGCGCAUGGCGCAGGACCUGCGGCACGCCGUCACCUUCGUGGAGCAGGGCCACGUGCGCGUGGGGCCCGACGUGGUGACCGACCCCGCGCUGCUGGUGCCGCGCGCCGUCGAGGACUUCGUCACCUGGGCCGACAGCUCGCGCCUGCGCCAGAAGGUCCUCGACUACAACGAGGAGCGGGACGACUUCGACCUGGCCGCGUAGGGACGCGUGGGUGGCACCUCGUCCGUCCUGCCGGCGUCAGGGGUAACUCCGACUGACAAAGUGCCAAAAUCUAUGGCACCGGGGGCAGACGUCGACCACCAAAGGACCAAAAUCACCCAAAACAUUCCCAGGAGGAGACGCACUCACUGUCGGCACAGCUCUUGCUUUUACCAUCGACAUCCCCUCUCUGUUAACAUCAUGCCACGUGGACAGACGUCACCGCAAGCUGAGCAGACAGCAUUCCAAAAACACCUGGCCCCACGCACCUCAAAUGGCAGAUUUCUCCAAGCUUGGCACUGCCAUUUCAAGGCCUCGGAUGCCAAGCAGCAGCUGCCGGAGGACGCUUUCAUUAAGCCUUCAAUUUGGGGACAGAGUGCUGAUGCCACCCCGCCUGGUGACCCGGACACCACUUUCCAAAAGCAGCCUCGUCCCGGGAGGUUUUGCUUUCACCCGGAGCAACUCGGGGGUUUACGGUCAGCAAAGAGGCCAAAGAGUGAAUUUCUGGAACUGUAAAAGUUGUAGAUCCAAAUGGAAUAAAUACAAAAGAAAAAGCU